CUGACUGUGGCGGUGGAGUGCUUUACCUGUCGACCUGCUUCCGACCUGCUGCUGCUGCCGCCUGUACUGGUGCUGCUGCUGUCAGUGCUUUCUGUGUCCCAGCACACCUGGCCGUCUCCAGGGGCUGCACACACCCUCUGAAUCUCUGAUCCGGCUAUUUUUGUUUGCACUCAAGAGAAGGGAAGAGAGGAGAUCAGGUUUUAAGGACACGGCCAGCAAAGACAUAUCUUACAGCCCCAGCAUAAAGGGCUACCAAAGCAAGCUGGUUUGAUCUCCAGUGCCUGUGGUAAACCAAGAGCUUUUUCUCUCUCUCUCCCUCCCUCUCCCUCUCUCUGUGUGGAUGUUAACCUUCAUAUACAGUAACAAAUUUUACAUUACAGAAGACGGGGAAGUGCACAGGGAUCAUUGCAAGAAGGACAAAGCCUAGGGCAUGUGGAUCGUGGCAACCCUCUUACUCCACAGCAUCCUGAAUGUUGCCAGUGAAGAUCUGCAGUCCAGCUUAUAUUUUGUCAAUGGAUCUCUGCAAGAGGUAGUCUUCGCCAGUACCAUGGGGACACUGUUAUCAUGCCCUGCAUCAGGGAAUCCCCCAGCAACGCUGCGCUGGUACCACGCAACUGGAGAAGAGAUGUACGACGUUCCAGGGAUCCGGCAAGUCCAUCUGAACGGCACUCUCCAGAUCUUCCCCUUCCCUCCUUCAAGUUUUAAUAACUUAAUCCACGACAGUUUGUACUAUUGCACAGCAGAAAAUCCUUCAGGGAAAAUUAGAAGUCAGGAUAUUCAUAUUAAAGCCGUCUUAAGAGAGCCCUAUACGGUCCGUGUGGAGGACCAGAAAGCCAUGCGAGGGAACAUAGCAGUCUUCAAGUGCAUUAUCCCCUCCUCUGUGGAGACUUAUAUCACUGUAGUGUCAUGGGAGAAAGACACAGUCUCACUUGUCUCAGGAUCUAGAUUCCACAUCACGCCUACUGGAGCCUUGUAUAUAUUAGACGUGCAGAAUGAGGAUGGUUUGUACAAUUACCGCUGUAUCACACGGCACAAAUACACCGGAGAGACACGGCAGAGUAACAGCGCCAGGCUGUUUGUGUCAGAUCCGGUCAACUCUGCUCCAACGAUCCUGGACGGUUUUAGCCACCGGGUGGUCAUGGCGGACCAGCGGGUUGUGUUGCCUUGUAAAGCCUCGGGCCAGCCCCCGCCCAAGUACCGCUGGGUAAAGGACAAUGCCCCCCUGGAACGGGACAGCAGGUUCAGGCAGACCGUCAUCGGACUACUCAUCGUGAAGGCAGUCCCUGCAGACACCGGGAACUACAUCUGCGAGGUCUGGAACAGUUUCGGGAAUGCAGAGGUCGUUGGCCGCCUGAAUGUCAAACAGCCGCUAAAGGCAACGGUGAGCCCACACAGAGUGAAAACCAGUGUGGGCAGUCGGGUGUCACUCUCCUGCACUGUGACUGGGGCCGAGGAGUAUGUGGUCCAGUGGUAUCGGAACGGCAAGAUCAUCACCCCAGGCAAGAACGUCCAAAUUGCUGGGGGCAACCAGCAGAACCUGGUUAUGGACGGAAUGGCCAACAACGAUGGAGGAGCCUACCAGUGCUUUGUGAGAAAAGGACGUGUGUCUGCCCAGGACUUGGCGCAAGUUAUACUUGAAGAUGGAACACCCAAGGUGAUCUCAUCUUUCAGCGAAAAGGUGGUGAAUCCCAACGAACCUAUUUCGCUGAUGUGCAAUGUGAAAGGAACGCCCUCGCCAACCAUCACUUGGACCCUGGACGAUGACGUGAUCUCAAGAGACGGGAGCCACCGCUUCAGUCAGUACGUCACGAAGGAGGGCAACAUGAUCAGCCACCUGAACGUCACCAACACUCAGGUCCGGGACGGCGGAGUUUACCGAUGUGCGGCCAACAACUCCGCUGGAGUCGCCAUGUAUCAGGCUCGAAUAAACGUAAGAGGACCUGCCAGUAUCCGCACAAUGAAGAAUAUCACGGCCAUUGCAGGUCGUGACACCUACAUUCACUGCCGGGUGAUUGGCUACCCUUACUAUUCAAUCAAGUGGUACAAGAACUCCAACCUCCUACCCUUCAAUCACCGCCAAGUGGCAUUCGGAAACAACGGCACUCUAAAGCUCUCUGACGUCCAGAAGGACACAGAUGAAGGAGAAUACAUCUGCAAUGUCCUAGUCCAGCCACAGCUGUCCACCAGCCAAAGUGUUCACGUAGCCGUCAAAGUACCGCCUUAUAUUCAGCCUUUCGAAUUUCCGAGAUUCUCCAUCGGACAGCGUGUCUUUGUUCCUUGUGUUGUCAUCUCUGGUGACCUGCCAAUCAGAAUCACGUGGCAAAAAGAUGGCCGCCCCAUCCCUGCCAGCUUGGGUGUUACCAUCGACAAAAUCGACUUCACCAGCUCUUUGAGGAUUUCCAACCUCUCCCUGAUGCACAAUGGGAACUACACGUGCAUCGCCAGCAACGAUGCAGCAGCAGUGGAGCACCGGAGCGAGCUGAUUGUCAGAGUUCCGCCUCGAUUUGUGGUGCAGCCCAGUGACCAGGAUGGCAUUUACGGGAGGUCUGUCACACUGAACUGUUCUGCAGAGGGCUAUCCAGUCCCAACCAUAGUGUGGAAAUAUUCCAAAGGUGCCGGUGUCCCACAGUUCCAGCCCAUCACUCUGAACGGGCGCAUCCAGUUACAGGUGAAUGGGUCCCUCCUAAUCAAGCAUGUGCUGGAAGAAGAUAGUGGAUACUACCUCUGUCAGGUCAGCAAUGAUGUGGGAGCCGAUGUCAGCAAGUCCAUGUACCUCACUGUCAAAAUCCCCGCCAUGAUCACAUCAUACCCAAACACCACCCUGGCAACCCAAGGCCAGAAGAAGGAGGUCAGCUGCACUGCUCAUGGCGAAAAGCCUAUCAUCGUCCGUUGGGAGAAAGAAGACACCAUUAUUGACCCUGAACGGAUGUUCCGUUACAUUGUGUCCACCAAGGAAGUUGGAGAUGAGGUGGUUUCCACGUUGCAGAUUACCCCAACGGUGAGAGGAGAUUCAGGAUUCUUUUCCUGUCAUGCCAUCAAUUCGUAUGGAGAGGAUCGAGGGCUGAUACAGCUCACUGUACAAGAACCUCCAGACCCUCCAGAGAUCGAGAUACGUGAAGUGAGAGCUCGGAGUAUUGCCUUGAGGUGGAGCAUGGGUUUUGACGGGAACAGUCCCAUCACCGGCUUUGACAUUGAAUGCAAAAACAAAUCAGCCCCAGAUGGCCCACCUGUUGAUGUUGUCCUCGAAUCUCUGUCUUCUCAGGCUAUCAAAGUGACGUGGAAGCCUCCAAAGAAGCACCUGCAGAACGGGUUGAUCCGUGGCUAUCAGAUUGGUUAUCGGGAGUACAGCACAGGGGGCAACUACCAGUUCAACAUCAUCAGCAUGGAGACGACUGGCGACAGUGAACUCUACACCCUGGACAAUCUGAAGAAGUUCACACAGUACGGAGUGGUGGUGCAGGCAUGCAACCGAGCUGGCACGGGACCAUCCUCGCAGGAGAUUAUAGCCACUACACUGGAAGACGUUCCCAGCCGACCACCUGACAAUGUCCAAGCCACUGCCAUCUCUCCAGAGGUCAUCUCACUCUCCUGGUCUAUGCCACCAAAGGAGGCACUGAAUGGGAUUCUACAAGGAUACCGGGUUAUUUAUUGGGCAAAUCUGCCAGAUGGGGAGCUUGGAGAGAUAAGAAACGUCACAACCACCCAGGUUACUCUGGAAUUGGAUGGACUUGAGAAAUACACCAACUACAGCAUACAAGUGCUGGCAUUCACCCGGGCAGGCGAUGGAGCCAGGAGCGAGCAGAUCUUUACACGUACCAAGGAGGAUGUUCCAGGUCCCCCUGGUGGAGUGAAGGCAGCAGCAGCUUCUGCCACAAGUGUGGUAGUUUCAUGGCUUCCCCCGCUGAAGAUGAAUGGCAUCAUAUGGAAGUACACCAUAUUCUGCUCCCACCCUUUCCCAACGGUGAUCAGUGAAUUCGAAGCCUCACCAGACGUCUUCUAUUACCGCAUUCCCAACCUCAGCCAGAACCGCCAGUACAGUAUCUGGGUUGUUGCCAUAACUGCAGCAGGGAGGGGGAAUUCCAGUGAGAUCAUCACCGUGGAGCCCCUCGCCAAAGCACCGGCUCGGAUCCUAACAUUCAGUGGCACUGUGACCACGCCAUGGAUGAGAGACAUCGUGCUGCAGUGCAAAGUGGUUGGAGACCCGACACCGGCUGUCAAAUGGAUGAAGAACAGCAAUGGAACGCCAGUCCCUGUGGUAACUGAUGGGCGCAGGAGCAUCUUUAACAACGGGAGUUUUGUUAUCCGCACGGUAAAAGCAGAGGAUUCUGGGUACUACAGCUGCAUGUCCAGUAACAGCUGGGGAUCAGACGAAAUUCUCCUCAACCUUCAGGUGCAAGUUCCCCCAGACCAACCACGUCUAACAGUGUCCAAGACGACCUCCAAUUCCAUCACACUUUCCUGGAUACCGGGUGACAAUGGUGGGAGCUCCAUUCGAGGUUACAUCCUGCAGUACUCGGAGGACAACAGUGAGCAAUGGGGCAGCUUUCCCAUCAGCCCCAGUGAGCGCUCAUAUCGUCUGGAGAACCUGAAGUGUGGGACAUGGUACAAAUUCACCUUGACAGCACAGAAUGGAGUGGGACCAGGACGCAUCAGUGAAAUCAUUGAGGCCAAAACACAUGGGAAAGAGCCACAGUUUGCCAAGGAGCAGGACCUGUUCUCCAGCAUUAACAGCACAAGGAUCAGGCUGAACCUCAUUGGCUGGAUUGACGGUGGUUGCCCCAUCACCAUGUUUACUCUGGAACACCGGCCUUUCGGGACCACAGUCUGGACCACCGCACAGCGCACAACACUGUCCAAAGCCUACAUCCUGUACGACCUGCAGGAAGCCACAUGGUACGAGCUGCAGAUGAAGGUGUGUAACAGUGCUGGCUGUACAGAGAAGCAGACGGAAUUUGCAACCCUCAACUAUGAUGGAAGCACAAUUCCACCAUUGAUAAAAUCAGUGGUCCAGACUGAGGAUGGAAUGGCAACCAACGAGGAGCUGAAGAUGUUGGUGACGAUCUCCUGCAUCCUUCUGGCUGCCCUGCUCCUUUUUGCCCUACUGCUUGUGGUCCGAAGGCGCCGGAGGGAGCAGCGCCUGAAGAGACUGAGGGAUGCCAAAAGCCUUGCUGAGAUGUUAAUGAGUAAAAACACUAGGACAUCUGAUACACUGAAUAAGCAGCAGCAAACCCUGAGAAUGCACAUCGACAUCCCUCGAGCUCAGCUUCUAAUAGAAGAGAGGGAUACCAUGGAAACAAUCGAUGACCGAUCCACUGUGCUAUUGACAGAUUCCGACUUUGGCGAGGCUGUGAAACAGAAAUCGCUAACGGCAACACACACUGUGCAUUACCACUCAGUCUCACAGGCUACCGGACCUCUGGUAGAUGUUUCAGACGCUCGGCCAGGAACCAAUCCCACAGCUCGCAGGAAUGCAAAGGGAGCACCUUCGGCUCGUAACAGAUAUUCCAGCCAGUGGACGUUGAACAGGCCCCACCCCACAAUGUCUGCCCACACCCUGACGACGGACUGGAGAAUGCCAACACCCCACGUGGCGGGAUCUGUUGAUAAAGAGAGCGACAGCUACAGUGUCAGUCCAUCGCAGGACACAGACAGGGCCCGGAGCAGCAUGGUCUCCACUGAGAGUGCCUCCUCUACGUACGAGGAGCUGGCUAGAGCCUACGAGCAUGCCAAGAUGGAGGAGCAGCUGAGGCAUGCCAAGUUUACAAUCACGGAGUGCUUCAUAUCGGACACGUCCUCAGAGCAGCUGACCGCCGGGACCAACGAGUACACCGAUAGCCUGACGUCCAGCACCCCCUCAGAGUCGGGCAUCUGCAGAUUCACCGCGUCGCCGCCAAAACCUCAGGAUGCCGGCAGAGUGGCAAACAUGGCAGUUCCAAAAGCACACCGACCAGGUGACCUUAUGCAUCUUCCGCCGUACCUAAGGGUGGACUUCCUGAUUCACAGAGGCAUAGCAGGUCCAAGCAGAGACCUUGGUCAAGGGCACGCCUGUCUGGAGCCGCAGAGAAGGAGCACCAUGAAACGCACACAAGUCAUGGAGCCAAUCCCAAUGGAAGCAGCUAGCAGGGACACUCAGCAAUGGCAAUCAAGCAACACUUCAACGUUACCUCAGAGGGAGGGAGCAGACCGUGGCAAAGCUCCCAAACUGAGCAGCUCGCAGGAAUCGUUACUGGACAAUCGCGGUCACUUGAAACAAGGGAACAACCCCUACGCAAAAUCCUACACACUGGUAUAACAAAUGCAUGUCUGUACAAGGCUGUAUAUAGUUCAAUUUAAAGCUACCUUUUUUACUGGUUCCAAUAUUUAUAAUCAAAGAUUUGCCAAAAUAUAAAAAAAAAAUUAGAUAUUGCAAGGACUUUGUUGUGAUCCAGAGUGUGACAUGUCUGAGCAAAUGAAUGUCUGUGCAUUUUUUUAAGAAGCCCUCUGAUUGUCUGAUAUGCACAGAUCAUGGCGUUUUUACUCAUUUCCUAUGAAAUGCAUGGAGGCAGAGUACAGACAUUGACAUUAGCAAAAAAAAACAAAACGCGAGGAAAACCAUUGCAGAUUUCUGUCACCUGCUAAAAAUAAGACAUGAAUAGUUUAAAUAUCGCACAAAUAAAGGAAAACGGCAUUUGUGGUCGAAACAGCGAUCCCUGAUUGAUUGAAGAGUUUGCAGCCAAGUACCCACACCACCUUUCAAAGUCAGCAGAAAGCAGUGGCUUAAAGUAACAUGGCAUUAAAGGUGGCUGAUUGGGGCCCAUUUUGUUGACGUACAUCAUUUCAAGCUUUUCUUUUCUAGCGUUCAUUAGGCUAAGGAUUAACAUUAGUUAAUAUUUUUUUGAAAUAUAAUUAUACUAUUUAAAGACUUUACACUAUGGACCCUCAAGGUUGGGAGUCAAAAAAAAAGCUUGGCAUCUAUGUUUCCUUUGAUUUACUGACCAUAUUUAUGUAUUAUAUAUCCAUUUAUGUAUAUGUGUGUGUGUGCGUGUGUGGUAUCUAUUUAUAUAAUAGCACACACUCACACACACAUAUAUAUAUAGGACAUAUAUGGAAUAUGUAUGUGUGUGCGUGCGCGUGUGUGUGUGUAUAUGUGUGUCUACGUGUAACUGUAAAUGGGUUAAAAUUUAUUUUAGGUAAAUAAACUUUAAGAGAGAAAGAAAACCCAAUGAUAACUAAUGUUUCAGCUACAUGUGUGUCUACCUCCUCAAGCUUGCAUUUGUCAGACAGGUUCUGGCUUCAAGCUCUAACCAAAGUUUGGUGACCUUUAAUUCUUUACUACAUAGCUGUUUGUGUGUAUUUUCUGAUGUUAAAUUUUAUCACUUGCCUCAUGCAGAACUUUUCAGUCUCGUUGUUAUAAUAAAAAAUUUUGGACAACAAUAACAAAACAAAUAUAUAUACUAUAUAUGUAUGCACUAUUUUACAAAAGAGUGACUGUUGGAGUUAGGUAACCGUGACUCAGAGGGAGUGACCACUGGUGUGACUUAAGACUAAGAAGAUUCCGUAUUCUCAAGGUCAUUGGUUGGUGCAUUUCAUGGAAACGGAGCAGGUUACUGGGGGAGGGGGGAACAUUUUCUCUAAAACACAAUGUCACAGAGAGACAGUAAAAAAGCUUGUCGGAUACUGCAUCAUGAACCAAUAAGGAACGUCCAAAUCUUGGAAUGUGAUAUCCAAAAAACUAGUCCACCCCUGUGCAAGAAAAUUUAUUGUAUUCGGUGAUUUUAAACCACGCGCCCUGAAUCUCAUUCCCCUCAACUGGGCAUGAUUUGGCAUAUUUUUCAGUGUUUGGACACAUGCAUGUACAUUGUGUCUGCUUGGAAUGAGGGUGUUUCAUCUGUGAAGAGACUUAGAUACUAUUGAACAUCACUGUUCUUAUGAUAAGGUUUCACUGCUUUCCUGGUUUAGCCUACCAAUUUGCCUUUUCAAAUAGUCUGCUAUUAAAAUUGAAAUAAAUUGCUUCCAAUGUUGUUGAUCUUCUCUCCUUAGCUAACGAUAGGAAUUCAGUGUCCUAUCCCUCAAUGUCCCCUCUCUGUCUAGGUCUGCCUAUGAGAAGAGGUAAUUGUCUUUGAAUGUGUUAGCUUCACCUUGUGUUCUGCCCAGAUAAUUAACAACUUGAUCUUGUGUCACUUACCUUGUUUUAAUCCUCUUGCAAAAGCUCAAGCAAAGAGCAUUUCUAGAAGAGAAUGUUGAUACAAAGUUCUUCAAUGAUAAAACUACAGCUGUGCACAAUUAUUUUUGGAAUGUAAUAGAAGUGUUAAUUUUAAUAUUUUAAUUAGGUUAGUGCUGGGAAGGUGACUGGUUUCUGUAUUAUAUUGAGCUACACUUGAUGACCACUGAAUUAGGUACACCCUGCAGCUGCUGUAGCCCAGCCACAUCAAGGUUUGACACGUUUUGCGUUCAGAGAUGCUCUUCUGCACACCACUGUUGUAACGCAUGGUUAUUUGACUUACUGACACCUUUCUGUCGACUUGAACCAAUCUGGCCAUUCCCCUUUGUCCUCUCUCAUUAGCAGGGCAUUUUUGCCCAUAGAACUGCCAAUCACUGGAUUUUGUUUUUGUUUUUUUGCAUCAUUCUCUGUAAACGUUAGAAACUGUUGUGUGUGAAAAAUCCCAGGAGAUCAGCUGUUUCUGAGGUACUCAGACCUUCCCGUCUGGCACCAAGAAUCAUUCCACAGUCAAAGUCACCUAGAUUACAUUUCUUCCCCAUUCUGAUGUUUGGUUCAAUGGUUCAAUUUAUUAUCAGAGAAUGUAUACCGUGUACAACCUGAAAAACUCAGCCUUUGCAGACAUCCACAAAAAACAGGAGAACCGCAGAAGAACGAAUGACAGAAAGACAUUAGAACCCCAAAGCCCCCUCCCCACAUAAGCAUUAGCAAGCAUCAACUUCCCUUUCCCCUCCACCCAUUUCAGCAGAAAGUGUCAGCACCCACCAUCCACCUAGCAACAGCAAAGCCCCCAAAGAGAGACUACGAUCUGCAAUUAACAAAAAUUAUUAUUUACCCAACAGUUCAAUGUGCCACAGUUUCCCUCUCUCUCACUACCAAGAGACAGAGAGAUAUCACCCAUUUCACAGCGAAAGGGGAAAUGAACAAUCACUGUUACGAUGUUACAGUCUGCCGCGUUGCUUUUUCAUUCUGGGAUUCUCCGACACGAGAAUCAGCAGCAAACUCUCCCCACUGUUGAGAAAGAAAGAGAGAGAGAGUGAUCGUUUGAAAACAGAGACCUCUGUCCACAGCAACCACCCCCUGGUGUUCCUACUCCCACAACAUCUCAGUUGGUGGCACCGGCCAGGAAUUGAUCAUCCACGGGGCUGUGCAGGGCCACCCCCUGGUGUCUCCCAAGCCACACCUAGAGAAUGACAGAAAAUGGCUGGUAGGCCGGUGAGCUACAAGAACAAGAACUCGUCACCAUGAGAAGCCACAGUUUUGGGUGCUAUUGCAGAUCAGGGAUCUCAAUAGAACCUGAGCCACGUUGAAAGGGGGGAAAAAAAGAGACGUUAAGCUGUUUCCACAGAUGAGCUCAAAUAGACAGCCAAUUGGCACCAUCUUAACUCCUGUUCUGAACCACAGCUGAAGCUCUUGACCACGUCUGGAUGCUUCUAUGCAUUGAGUGGCUGCCACCUGUUUGCCAGCUUGGAUCGGGCAUCACGGUUGCGUAAUGGCUUGGGCGUUCCAGAGUUCAGAGUUCAAAUUCGGCGUUAUUGUGUAAGGAGUCUCUGUACGUCCUCCCCGUGGAAUGUGUGGGUUUUCUCUGCGUUCUCCGGUUUCCGCCCACAGUCCAAAGGCGUACCGAGUAGGUUAACUGGCCAUUGUUAAUUGUCCUGUGAUCAGGUUAGGGUUAAUCGGGCUUGCCAGGAGCAGCAUGGCUCUAAUGGCCAGGGAGGCCCACUCUAUGCAGCAUUGAUGAAUAAUCUUUGCAUAACUGAGAAGCUGUGCAGGUUUGUAGCUGUACCUCCUAAAGUGGCCACUGAAUGCACGUGCACCGUAAUGAAUCCCCUUUCUGAAUUUAUGCCUUGGAGGCAAUAGUUCACCCUCACAAGGGAAGCAUCCAGCUGCUGUUUACUGCAGCCGUGCAUUUGGUCUUACUGUGCAAAGGCAUGCAUCUGCCGAACAGAGAGAUUUGACCUGAUGGAAACUAACACAAGAGUGGUGGGCACCACAGUAGCAUAGCGGUUAUUAUUUUAAAAAGUAUUAUUUUAGUAACACAGU